ACGGGCCCUAUCCUGCAAUUUACGAUAGAAGCGCAAGCGCCGUCUAGAUUGUCACAGUUGGUGAAGUGGAUUCUUCCUUGCUGACACUUCGACUAGGAUGAGCUCGGCAGCGCUGGGAUUGGUUGUCCGAGAUGUUGGAUUCCUGCCUAAGAAUGCUUCGAGAAAUUCAGAAGGACGGAUAUUUUGGAUCAAAGGAUCUGUGUUUACUUCACCGCAUGGUCUAAACAUGAGACCGAAGAGCUCAACAAAAGCUGUUCGUGUGGGGAAAAGACGGUCGCUUGGUUCUGAAAAGUCGGCCAGUUUUUUGUGUUACUAUGGCCUUACAACCCCUCCUUAUAAGCUUGAUGCUUUAGAACCAUUCAUGAGCAAGAGGACAUUGGAACUACAUUGGGGAGUUUAUCACCGUGAUUGUGUUGAGCGCUUGAAUAAGCAGCUCAAGAACAGUUCAUUAUAUGGCAGCACCCUGGAAGAACUUGUCAAAACCACCUACAACAACGGGAAUCCAUUACCAGAGUUCAAUAAUGCUGCGGAGGCUUGGAAUCACGACUUUUUUUGGGAAUCAAUGCAACCGGAUAGUGGCAGUAUGCCUUGGGGAAGCUUGCUUCAUCAAAUUGAAAAGGAUUUUGGAUCGUUUUCCAAUUUUAAGGAUAAAUUCAUGGAAUCUGCAAUGGGAUUGUUUGGUUCUGGUUGGAUUUGGCUAGUCUUGAAGAGAGAGGAGAAAAUGCUUGCUGUGGUUAGAACAUCACAUGCUGUUUGCCCUCUAAUUUUUGGUGAUUUUCCAAUCAUAUCUCUUGAUAUGUGGGAGCAUGCUUAUUAUCUGGAUUAUAAGGAAGAUAGAAGAAGAUACGUGAGCAAUUACAUGAACCAUCUAGUGUCAUGGCAUUCAGCUACAUUACGUAUUGUUCGAGCCGAGGCUUUUGUAAAUCUUGGAGAGCCAAAAGUUCCCAGUGGCAUGAGAGCUUGAAGGUAUUUUAAUUAAGGAAGAUUUACAUACGCAG